CCCGCCAACUUACGUCAGCAGUGGCGGCACCAGCGUAAAAGGGAGCGGCCCGGGCCGGCAGCCAGCAGUCGUUGACGAGCAGUCAGAGGGGAAGCACCUUAGAGAGUUCUGAGAGCGACCGGCGAGCCUCGAGCCUCGAGCAGCACCGGGUUCGAGCGUGCCGAUCGUGAGGAGACAGGAGGAGCGGACUUCUCUACGGUGAUAACAGAACGUUCAACGACUCGUUCACCAUGACCAAGGAGCUGCUGAUGGAGUCGGUGGCGGAGCGCUCGGUGCUGCAGAUGGCUACCUCCUCUCUGGAGACGCUGUCGGCGCUGAUUGGUCUGACGGCGCUGGGCGUGCGCCCCCGGCCAGCUCCAGCGCCGGCGCAGCCCACUUACACCCUGAACGAGGUCUCUGAGCACUGCUGGGCCGACGACUGCUGGCUGGUGCUGUACGACCGUGUCUACGACGUGACGCGCUUCCUCUCACUGCACCCGGCCGGCUCGGACAUCAUGCUGGAGAGCGCCGGCAGGGACGCCACCAGCGCCUUCCACGGCGUCGGACACUCCAAGGAGGCGCUCGACAUGCUCAAGGAGUACCAGAUCGGAGUGCUCGUGCCGGAGGAGUGCAUGUGGGACUCUGCCAAGUAGCUGCCGGCCCGGCCCGGGGGCUGGGAAGGGAGGGUGGCGGACUCUCAGGGAAUGGCAGCCGCCCAGGUCAGCGCGCGGCGGCGCCAUCGUCCACUCUGCGAGCGACCUGUGAGUGUUUUCAUCGAAUAUUUAUUGUUUUAUAUGUGUAGCACUUGUCGGUUCAUGACAAACAUAUCAUGUGCACGCUGUUAGUCAUCGCAUCGUCGCCCAUUGUUUUGCCAAAUGUGACAUAUCAUCGCAAUUUGUGUAAGCUCUUGUGUGUGAUAAGUGAUACCUGAAUAUAUUACCAAGUGUGCUCUA